GGCAGAGAAUGUCAGUUCUGAGCACCCAAAGAGCAGCCAAGAUUGUACUGAAACAAGAAGCAAAACCUGAUUUUUGUGGAUAUGGAACCUCUGCCCACCGGUCGAGUGUUACUGUUCGGACUGAUCCUAAGCCAUGUCCUGACUCCUUGUCCAGGAGCUGUUCCACCUCUGCUCCAUCACUCCCAAAGUUCCCUACCUAGAUCCUGGAAAACUGGAAAUUUGCUGGGACUGACAGGAGCUAAACAAGUGGAGAAUAUUUUGCAGCUUGUCCCAGGUUGGAAUCCAUCUGGAUCGUUGCAUGACUGGGUCAUUGAGAUGAUGCCAUCAUUUCCUACACUCAAAGGACUCCCAGGAAAGGAUUCUGGGAGCUGGUGGAUCCCAGCUUUGAGACGGCGAGGUUGGUUUGCAAAAUUCCCAGUGGAUUCCAGAAAUCGUGACGGUCAAUCACACACAGAACUUGCGGAUGGUGCAGGUCUGACCAGGGUUACCCUGGGGAAAAGCUGGUCAUCUGAUUGGCUGGAACCAAGCACCAACGAAGAAGUAAAGAGAAGCAUUGUUGUGGCUGAUGACGUUGCUUUUCGAGAAAAAAGCAAGUUCCUGACAGCGAUGCAGCGACAGAAAUGGCUGAACUCUGUGAUGAGACAACUUGUGGUUAAUAAAAAGUAGAUGCAGCCCAGUUUAUAGAUCAUUGGUGUUGGUGUGUGUUUCAAAUGUAGAAAUGUAAUUCACUACUUAACUGCAAUAA